GUAAGUUAAUUAAUAUACUCAUGAGCUAACCUUGCACAACUCACUAGUAACAACUCUGAGUAACCUCCACUAAUAGAUAAGAAUAAUAAUAGUUAAAAACACGCAUUUAUUCUGCUCUAUCAAUCUUUUAAAUGAGGGUGAAAAUAUGCUGAACCCUUCUUCAAACGGCGAGGCGUCUCAUGUUGUGGUGAACUAUGUUAACGAGUAUCUGGAGCUUGUCGAGUCUUUGCCGCUGGACCUACAGAGAUGUGUGUCCCUCAUGAGGGAGACAGACACGAAAUAUCAAGAGAUCCUCACGGAACUGGACGAGGCUUAUGAAAAACACAGACAUGAAUCAGAUCCUGUGCAGAAGAGGCGCCUCCUCCAUUGUAUUCAACGGUCUUUGAUCCGCACUGAAGAACUUGGAGAUGAGAAGAUCCAGAUCGCAGGCCAAAUGGUGGAACUGGUGGAGAAUCGCAGUCGGCAGCUUGAGUGGCAAAGCAAGCUUUUCCAAGCCUCACCGGAGAGCACCGCGUCAGUGGGCAGUGCCCCCAGUGCCAUAACAACAGUACCCAUGGCACCACUGUCCAUUCCACUGGUGCUAGUGAGUAAGCCAUGUGUGGAAAGGAGACGAGAUGAGACUCUGGGCUCAGUCGACAAAUCUGGUGGAAAGCGGUCACGAAGGCAAAAAAAUGGUUCGGAGAACCGUGAAAACAACAGUUACGGCAUGGAGCACAAUGAGGAGGUUGGUACAGCCACACCUAAAGAGAAAAAGGCCAAGACGUCCUCCACAUCAUCAUCAAAGAAGAAGAAGAAGUCAAAAAGCAAGCAAGAUAGAGAGCCAUCACCGACCGACCUGCCCAUUGAUCCAAAUGAACCCACAUACUGCCUGUGUGAGCAAGUGUCUUUUGGAGAGAUGAUCGGUUGUGAUAACGAUGAAUGCACUAUUGAAUGGUUUCACUUCUCUUGUGUCGAUCUGCACCAUAAGCCGAAAGGAAAGUGGUACUGUCCAAAUUGCAGAGGAGACAAUGAGAAGACGAUGGACAAAUCAUUAGAGAGGUCUAAAAAAGAGAGGAUGUACAACAGGUAGUGUCCGGUUUACCUGGUCGACAUGUAAUAUUCCAUAUUCAGUCUCAGGCAAGAGAAGUUUAGUCAAAGUAUACAGUGUUUUGAGGCCAAGCUCAGUCACUGGUUUGUAUAUUCUUAUAUAGAGACUUGUUGAUCUGAAGGGUUCACUUUUAGCUACCUAGUUAUUAAUGUUGUAUACAUUGGAGGUAUUCUGUUCAUCCAAACCACAAGCCAGUAUAAUGCAUUUUUGUUUUUAAUGAUCGAUUUUGUAUUUAUGCUGUGUGUUAUUGUACAUAUGUUUAUGUAAAAAUAAAAUCUGCUUAAUGCAGUG